AUGCCAGAAAUUGGCGAAAUCGCCCGUACAGUCCAUUAUCUCCGCAAACACCUCGUCUCCCGCACCAUCACCCAAUGCGUCCCCUUCGAUGAUGAUAUCGUGUAUGGCAAGAAGGGCGGUACGACGGCUCAGGCCUUCUCUAAAGCAUUGACAGGCAAGAAAGUCGUCUCUGCAGGACAGCAGGGGAAAUACUUUUACCUUACGUUCGAUAAGCCCCCACAGGCGGUGCUACAUCUGGGGAUGAGUGGAUGGAUCAAGUAUAGUACUGAAGAGACGGGAUACUAUAAGCAGGCGAAGAAGAAGGAUGAGCAGGAAGAGUGGCCGCCGAAUCCGAAGUGGACGAAGUUCCUACUCAAAUGCGAAGCGGAAGGAGACAGGGAGGCAGUCGAGGUUGCGUUCGUGGAUGCGAGGAGACUGGGACGGAUAGGCCUGGUGGAGUGUCCUGCUGAGGAGAUACGGCAGAACUCACCAUUGAAGGAGAACGGGCCGGACCCUGUUGUUGAUAAAGAUGUGGUCACGGUAGAGUGGCUUGCGGAAUUGCUGGGCAAGAAGAAGGUUCCUGUGAAAGCUCUCAUACUCGAUCAAGCGAACAUCAGUGGUGUGGGUAACUGGGUCGCCGAUGAGGUUCUAUACCAAGCGAGAAUACAUCCGGAGCAGUACAGCAAUACCUUUGGCGAGGGGCAGAUCAAGAAGUUACAUGAUGCGCUGAUCGAUGUGUGUACGACUGCGUGUGAGACGUUAGCGGAUAGCUCGAAGUUCCCGGAUACGUGGUUGAUGAAGUAUCGAUGGGACAAGGGCAAGAAAGAUGCAAAUGUCCUGCCGAACGGGAAUAAGAUCACGCACAUUACGGUUGGGGGACACAAUGUGUCUGCCCCUCCAAAGAGACGCGGCAGAGCCAAGAAGGUGAAGGAGGAGCCUGUUGAGGAGGAAGAGGAAGUUGAUGGUGCUGAGGAGCGCGAUGAAGACGAGAAACGUGCCAAAGCGAAGAAAGCCAAAGCUGCGCCGAAGAAAGCGGCCAAGGCGACGCCGAAGAAGGAAGUGAAGGCUACCAUUCCUGGCGAGAGGAAGUCUGCUCGUACCAAUGCGACGAACGGCGCCGGCAACGGCAUCAACAACAACGGCGGGCCACUGGGUGGCUCGGGAGGUCCAGGCGAUCACAAUGGCGGCAGUAUCAUUGGUCCGGGCGACAACAUCACAGAGGACAACAGACGAGUGCUGGAGUGGAUAGCGCAAGUUCUGAAUGCGAACACGCGGGAAGCAGCUCUGCUUGAGCUCAGCAAAAAGAGAGAGCAAGUGCCUGAGCUGGCGCUCAUACUAUGGCACUCCUUUGGCGUCAUGACGUCCCUCCUGCAGGAGAUCAUCUCCGUGUACCCUCUGCUGAACCCAUCGCAGCUCACUGCAGCUGCUUCGAACAGAGUAUGCAACGCCCUGGCGCUGCUUCAAUGUGUCGCAUCGCAUAGCGAGACCAGAGGACUGUUUCUGAACGCCCACAUACCACUAUUUCUAUAUCCAUUUCUCAACACAACCUCGAAGUCUCGGCCAUUCGAAUAUCUACGAUUGACAUCACUCGGCGUAAUCGGGGCGCUGGUCAAAAAUGAUAGCUCUGAGGUGAUCAACUUCCUCCUCACCACCGAGAUCAUUCCGCUAUGUCUGCGAAUCAUGGAGACCGGGUCGGAGCUCAGCAAGACUGUUGCCAUCUUCAUCGUUCAAAAGAUCCUCCUCGACGACAUGGGCUUGCAGUACAUUUGCCAGACUUACGAGCGCUUCUACGCGGUCGGCACGGUGUUGUCGAACAUGGUCACCCAGCUUGUGGAUCAGCAGACAGUCAGACUCCUUAAGCAUGUCGUCAGGUGCUUCCUGCGACUAUCCGACAACGCCCGUGCCCGUGAGGCCUUACGACAGUGCUUACCAGAACCACUUCGAGAUGCGACCUUUUCGCCAGUCUUGCGAGACGAUGCCGCGACUAAGAGAUGCCUGGCGCAACUCCUCCUGGCGCUUUCGGAUCAGGCGGACCCAGGUGGUGUUCCCAUGUCCAUGCCCAACGGCUACGGCGCGCAGGGUCAGCAGCUGCGGAAGGGAGUCCCGCAGUAG